ACGAACGAUUCAGUCAAUGCAAUCAGGAUUGACGCGGUUGCCGAUGACUUCGACAUUGGCACCACUUCAAUCGAGAAUCAAAACCCAAUCGAACUCGACAGAAUUUCGGAAAUCGAGAAGCGAACUGAUGUCGACUCGGAGUACGUCGAUAGUUUCUUGGAUCUGAGUAGUGCGGAUAUUUCCCCCGCGAAUUGUCGUAAUGUCGCGUGUUCCAAGUCGAGUGGUGACGACGUAUCGAUGAUUAAAAUAAAGAAGUUUGGUGAAACGACGGAAUCCUACGAAGAUCAAGAGUACGAGGAUCAUUUAGAACGAGUAAGCGAAAUAACGACGACGUCUGGCAACGACAGUGAUACCGAUAUCGACAGCGAAGCCCCUUUCACUGGCUUCGAAGGCUCUCAGAAAUUUCCCGUAAAAAUCAAUCACAAGUCGCCGCCGGUGUCGCAGCAAGUCGAAAAGUUUGACAGGCGACACUUCGGUCCGCACAAGGAAGACGUAAUACUUGAAGAAACAUCUACAUGGUAUCCGAGUACCGUGUUUCCCGACCUACCAAAGAGUCCCAGUAGAGACGUCCUUCAUCGCAAGACGAACGAUGACGUUUCCAACAACGACGUAGACGAGAUGGACAAAGCGGACAAUAGAAGUGAGGAGACGACGAAGAUGUACGAGAAACGGAAUAAUACUUACGACGAAUCAUGGCUACCCGGUACCGAAGUACCGGCAUCAGGACGUUUCUCAGACAUCAACUCCGACGAAAAAUUCGCGAUGACUUCGAACAUCGCAGACAAUGAGUUCGAAAACGUGACGCGCGACAGGAACGAUUCCGACAGCAGGACGAAGAUCGACGUAACGAUACCGAGUGCGAGACCGAUAGAGAAAAUAAAUAUAACUAUCCUGGGUCUCUUUGAGAUGACACACAGGGCACUACCGAGACCAGAAGGAUCCAGCGAGCUUCAAGCAGCCAAAUUGGCGGUCGAGCGUAUCAACAAAUUGGAUAUCUUAAAGCGCUUUCGUCUGCGACUUAUUUACAAUGAUACUAAGUGCGAUUCGGGAGUGGCUGUGGACAGAUUCUUUCACGCCUUGUAUUCAACAAGGAAGAAGCACCUGAUGCCAUUCCUGCUCGGCACAGCUUGUUCCGAAGUCACCGAGACUCUGGCCAAAAUUGUUCCUUAUUGGAACGUGAUCCAGGUGUCAUUUGGUUCGACGGCACCAGCACUCUCAGAUUCCAACGAGUUCCCCCUAUUUCUGCGAACCGUUGCGCCGGAUUCGAGUCACAAUCCAGCCAGGAUAGCAUUGAUCAAACACUUUGGAUGGGACACCGUCACCGCGCUUUCGCAAACAGGCGACAUGUACUCUUUGGCAGUGAAUGAUCUGGUCACGGAACUGGAGCAGGCGAAUAUCACGUGCACCGCAACUAUUACAUUCGCCGAGAACGAUUACAAGGAGCAGCUACGAACCUUAAAGGAAUUGGACACUAGGAUCAUUAUUGGAAGUUUUUCGCCGCGAUUGGCGCAACGUGUCUUCUGCGAGACCUGGAAGCUCGGGAUGCAUGGCGGCGAUUAUGCAUGGAUUUUGCCAGGUGAAACCAUUGACUCCUUAGGACUAACGGGCAAUUGGUGGAACGUCGGCGUCGGAGAAUGUUCACCCUCUCAGCUGUCACAGACUCUGGAUGGUUUAAUCAUCGUCAAGAGCCACGCCACAGUUGUAGGGAAUGAGACCAGCUCCUCGGGAUUGACCAGCAAGAAAUUUACUUCGGAGCUGAAUAAUACAGGCGUCAUACACUCGAAAUACGCGGGUCAAACCUAUGAUGCCGUAUGGGCCAUGGCACUCGCCUUCGCCGAAACUGAAGUCCUUCUAAAUCGACGGAACGAAAGUAUGGCGCAGUACGCUCACACGAGGAAGGACCUCGCCAAGCUUUUAUUGGAACAGCUUAAGGAUCUACGCUUUAUCGGAGUUUCGGGCCCAGUUUCCUUCGACGAUGCAGAUCGUGUUGGCAUCACGGCGUUCUAUCAGAUGCAUGGACACGAUAUUAAGAGAAUAGCUAUCUAUACUCCCGAAGAUGAGAAACUGAUAAUGAACUGUCCAGGAUGUGAGGCUACAAGAUGGCCCGGAGGGCAAGUACCAGCGGCUCGCAGGGUCUUUCGAUUACGAAUGGUGACAGUGGCACCCGCCGCGUUCCUCGCUAUCACCUGCAUUGCCAGCGUCGGUGUUACCUUAGCGCUCGCUUUUCUAGCAUUUAAUCUUCACUUUCGCAAGCACAAAAGCAUAAAACUUUCAAGCCCGAGGCUGAAUAAUAUGGCAGCCGUUGGCUGCGGUCUGGUCUACGGUGCUGUUAUACUUUUGGGACUGGACGACGCCACGCUUCCCGACAGUGAUGGUUAUUAUCCUACGGUGUGCAAGGCGAGAGUGUACCUACUAUCGGCUGGCUUCUCCUUAGCUUUUGGCUCGAUGUUCACGAAGACUUAUCGGGUACACAGAAUCUUUACGAGGAGCCGGAGCGGGGUUGUUAAGAACAAGCUGCUCCAAGAUACUCAGCUGAUAUUCUUGAUCUGCAUGCUCCUGGUGAUCGAUGUCGUUGUAGUGACUCUAUGGGUGAUUCUGGAUCCGAUGCAACGUCACCUGCAAAAUCUCACCCUAGAAAUAAGCCCACAAGACCGAGGGGUCGUCUAUCAGCCUCAGGUGGAGGUGUGCCGUUCGCAACAUACGAACGGCUGGUUAAGCGCUCUCUACGUUUACAAAGGUUUAUUACUCGUAGUCGGAGUCUACAUGGCCUGGGAAACAAGGCACGUAAAGAUUCCAGCCUUAAACGACUCGCAAUACAUCGGUAUGAGCGUGUACUUCGUGGUAAUCACGUCGGGUAUCGUCGUAGUGCUAGCCAAUCUGAUGCCUGAUCGCGCGACCCUGGCCUUUGUCACGAUCACUGCCCUGAUUCUAGCCUCGACUACGGCGACCCUGGCGCUCCUCUUCCUGCCCCAAUUAGCGAAUAUCCUGGCGGGAGAGAGAGCCGACCCAGUCGUGCAAAGUCUAGGUCUCAAGAUCGAAUGCAACACGCGUAGAUUCGUCACCGACGACAAAAGAGAGCUACAAUAUCGUGUGGAGGUGCAAAACCGAGUGUAUCGUCGUGAGAUGGCACAGCUGGAAUUGGAAUUGGCUAGAUUGGAGAAACAGCUAGCACAAGAGCCAGUAGAGCCGUCGCACACCUCAUCAAGCGCCUCAAUCCCACAACGAAAUCCAAGUAUUGGAGGCGGUUUACCUCUUUUGUUGCUCAGUGUUCUGCCGCCGGUUAUCCCCCGAGCUAGCUGGCCCUCCGCAGAUUCGUCCGGCAUACGUCGCGGUACCGUAGCAUUUAGCAGUCAACCGGAUCUGGAGCCCGGCGAUCCCAGGCAAAGCCUGGCCGACCUUUACAAACUACACCGUCGCCGGGAGACCGAGGGUCCAAAUCGGCUGGGCGUUUUUCAACGACUCUUCAGUCUCUUCGGCAGCAGGCCGAGUAGCAGAAAGACCUCCACAGCAUCGUUCACCGGGGUUGCAUCAGCGCUUCGAGUCCAUAUGGGUUACAUCGCUGGUUUAGUGCCCGGCGCGAAAGCUGCUUCUACUUGCCAAGUGGAUGCCCAAGGCACUCAUUCACCUCAUACACGAUGCGGUUCAGGACCAAUAAUUAGCAUUACUAGCGAGGAAGAUCGUAGGUUAAGCCUAGUAGGGCUACGUCGCAAGGAAAGUAGCGAGCCUAAAGUAAAUUUCAGCCUACCGCCACAGACGAGCACGAGUCAGUCAUCUUCUCGAGAAAAAAUACGCGGCUCACCUCGGUUUCCUCAUCGAAUAAUUCCAGCGAAUAGUUUAAGCGCCAUCGCACAAGGUACAUCGAUUACGAGACCGCAUCGUUGGCAUUCGAUGGAUGAUGCGACGAAACCAAAGGUUACUCAAACAACGUCUCGUGGCUCGUGUAGUCCCAACUCCGACGUGUGGACCGCGAGCGAGGUCAAGGUUUCUUUCAGCGAGGCCAAUACCGUCAGAGUCAAGAAACCACCGGAUUCUUUAGCCUUAACUAAUCAAGUAGAUUCAAAGAUGAGUCCAAUCGAUACAAGACUGGGUAGUGAUUUGAGGAAGCUAUUCAGAGAAAACGACAGCGAAGAGGCAGUCAGUCCCGCUGAACACGAACUGAAGACAAUGCAGUCGAGUUCGUCGUCCUCUUCGUCCAUGAAGAUAAUCGGUACCACUAGCGAUUCUGUAUCUUUAAAGAACGAUUCCACCCCAGAGACUCGACACGAUAUCGUUACGAACAUCUGUCAAGAAUCAAAGCCUCGUCCAACGAGUCCAGUGAUUUCAAUAGUUGAUAUAGAUAACCCAGGGGAGGAAUCGAACGCUGAUGUCGAUAGUCAUGUCGGUACUUCCUGCGAAGAUAAGCAAUCGACUCCUGUAACGUAA